AUGCCAUCCAGAACGGAAUCUGGACCGCUUCUCUAUGCAGAAUUGCUACCAAAUAUCCGUCAGAUAACAUUGCAUGUGUCUUUGCCCGCUUCCUCGCGUUUAGCUCAGAGUUCCAUCACAUCCGAUACUCCAGGGGAUCUUGUCCGAGGCAAUUUCUCCCUUUCUCUUUUGCCGUCCCGCGACGCUGUUUCUCUCUACAGCUCGCACACUGUACAUACAGUACCCCUGCCGGCAUGCGUUUCAGAAUCAGCGCACACAAUUCUCUCCACAAAGCCGACGCCAAACCCUCCUGGUGCUGGACAUGGCGAACUGCUGUUCCGACUGCCAGUCGAUGUUGAGGCGGGCCUCCCAGGAGCCUCCCAACCGGCAAAUGGUCAGCCUGGCCAUGGAAGCAAUGAAGUCCAGGUUCCAUGGACGGCCAAGGAUAUGUGCGCUGAAUCCCGCGUUCGAUGCCAACGGUGCAAGAACACUCUUUUCACUCCGUCGGAUAAAGGAAAGGUUACGUGGAAAGACCUACCUAGUACGGACUGGGCUGAAAUGAUGGAUUUAUGGCAUUGCCAUAAACCUGAUACGCAUGCUGAUGAUCAUGGCGACUCAGCGGUUGGUACCGCAUUGCAUACCCACGACGAAAAUGAAACCGUUAAAGGGUAUGGUGCUUCCAACCAAGUUGUUUGUACCUCUGGGACAGUUUUGAUUGACGUUUUGUCCUUUGUCAUGGCUGAGGGCGAUUGCCAGGGAUUACAAAAGUCGAUUCCAUAUCCCACGAUCUUGUUUCCGAUACAACUGCCCAAUAUCAACUAUCGACGAGAAGAAAAUUGCUGGAAAUCCCUGCAAGGGAUUCCGCGCCUCCGAUUACCUGGUACUUUCCCCAACCGCAGCCCAAUCCAUCAUGAUGAAGGAAGCUAG